CAGGCUGGACUGGGCAGUCGCGGGUGUGAACAGGGCUGGCACGGCCACAGCUGCACGCGCCUGCGAAGGUCCGACCUGGACCCUGGUCCCUCCCAGGCCCCACAAGGCCCAGUGCCGGCCAGAACAGGGGUGCGGGUGGCGGGGUGAGGGUAGCAGAGGGUCCAGCCUGCCGCAGCCGUGGGGGCGUGAGUCGCUGCCCACAGACCAUGGCUCUGCUUGCCACGGGCCUGUACCUGGGGUCUCGCGCCUGCCUCCUCCUCCUCCUCAGCCUCGGGUGGGUGCAGCCUCUGAGGGCAGCCGCUGUAGAGACAAGACAGGACGUCAUGUCUACGUGGCUGCGACGCACCGACCAGGACCCAUCCCGGCAGCUGACGGCCGCCCUGCCGAGACCCCGGCGGGGUACCGAGAAGAGGCCCUGCCCCCCAGGGCGGAAGGCCCUCGAGGUGGACGAGAACCUCGUGUUCUACGAGGAGUGGGACCUGGAGGCCUGUGUGGACGGCGCCCUGCUGGCCGCCCAGAUGGAACGGGUGAACCAGAUCCCCUUCACUCACCAGCAGCUCAGCGUUUUUAAGCGCAAACUGGACGAGGUCUACCCACAAGGCUAUCCCGAGUCCCUGAUCCAGCGUCUGGGCUACUUCUUCUUCCAAAUCAGCCCCGAGGACAUCCACAAGUGGAAUGUGACAUCGCUGGGGACCGUGAAGGCUCUGCUCAGAGUCAGCCAGGGCCGGAGGGUGGAUGCCCAGGUGGCUGCCCUGGUCACCCGCUACCUGGGGGGAGGAGGCCAGCUGGACAUGGACACUUUGCAGGCCCUGUCUGCCUUCCCGCCCGCCUCCCUGUGCCUGCUCAGCCCCGGUCAGCUGGGCCCCGUGCAGCCCAGUGUCCUCUGGGCUGCCAGACCCCAGGACCUGGACACGUGCGGGCCUCGGCAGCUGGCCACCCUUUACCCCAAGGCCCACCUGGCCUUCCAGAACCUGAGCAGGUCUGAGUACUUGGUGAAGAUCCAGCCCUUCCUGGGCGGGGCAGCCAGCGAGGACCUGCGGGCGCUCAGUCUGCAGAAUGUCACCCUGACCCUGGCCACAUUCAAGAAGCUGCGGACAGAUGCUGUGCUGCCGCUGACCGUGGCCGAGGUGCAGAGGCUUCUCGGGCCACAAGUGGUGGGCUUGAAGGCAGCGGCCCAGGACAGUCCGGUGCGGGAAUGGAUCUUCCACCAGCCGCAGGGCGACCUGGACACCCUGGGGCUGGGGCUCCGCGGGGGCGUCCCCAACGGCUACCUGGUCCUGGACCUCAGUUUCCGAGAGGCCCUGUCUGGGGUGCCCCGCCUGCUGCAGCCAGGACCCACAGCCAUAGUGACACUGGUGGUACUCUGGGCUCACCCUCUGAGCUGAGGCCACCUUCUGCGCCCCCACCCAUGGUGGAGGCCCAGCCUGACCAAAAGCAGGGCCUGGUGGUCCUGCCCGGUGGUGAGGGAUGUGAGAUCAAUAAAGAGCCGUUCCCCAGCA